UCCUGAAGAAGCAAAAGUGGCUUUUACCUUGCUACUCGGGCUGCCAAAAAACCUGCCCUGCACGUUUUUCUUAGUUUAGCUGUUAAGAGGAAGGAAACAUCUCACACACAGGCCUCAUUUUCUGCAUGUAAAAUGUGUGUGUUCUUUAAAAGCCAGUGGUUGGCUGGUUUUCCGGACAUGAUGUGGUUGAAGCUGUCAUCGUAAUGGAAAUUCAUUGCUGUAGCUAUGGUAAAUCGAGUUUUCUGCCUGUGCUGAAUGCAUUAGUCUAAUGAGAUGUUUGCAGCUGGAGAGCUGAGCUGCAGGAGACGUACAGUGUCGCCACUAAGAGACAGGGAGAAGAUGGCUUGCGCGAUAGUCCAUGUGCGUGCCCUGAAAGUCCUCCGUCCACUGGGUCAACACUCUGGGUCCCGAUAAAGAAACUGACCAGAGAUCUAGAAUAAAGUAAUAGCACCUCCUCUGCAUAUCAAUAAUCUGUCAUCACUGCUUAGAAGACUGGUAAUGGCUGAAAUGCAGUCUCCAAGGAUAGCAGGGAGAAAACGAGGCAGACCCCCACUUCACUCGGCACCUAUGAAAAUGGCAGUCCACAACCUUUACUCUUCUUCUGCCUGUUCCUUACCAGUUGUGAAGAUCCCAAAGAAAAGAGGCCGAAAACCUGGGCACAAGCUGAAGUCUCGUGUUCUAAUGACUCCUUUAGCAAUCUCCCCUCCGCGUCCGCCGCGAAGCACACCGGAGCCAGAUGUCAGCUCCAUCCCUCAGGAUGCAGCCGCCAUGCCCAGCUCAGCCGCAGCAGCGCAGGCGCUCACAGGUCCUUUCCUUGGUGGCUAUCACCCUCCUGAAGUCACCCCCCAGUUUCAUAGAAGACCAAGAAGAGCAAUUUGCAUUUAUGUCAACAAACAAGCCAACUUGGGGCCAUACCUGGAGAGAAAGAAGGUACAGCAACUCCCGGAGCACUUUGGGCCUGAGAGGCCCACAGCAGUCCUGCAGCAGGUGGUUCAGGCAUGCAUUGAUUGUGCUUAUCAACAGAAGACAGUCUUUUCCCUGGUCAAGCAGGGAUAUGGUGGUGAGAUGGUAUCUGUCUCAGCUUCUUUUGAUGGGAAACAGCAUCUCCUGAGCCUGCCGAUGGUGAGCAGCUUUGGCUGUGUCUUAAGCUUCUUGAGGAAGCUAUGUCAGAGCCUGUUGUGUGACAACCUCUUCACCAGCCAGCCUCUCCCCCAGUACCCCAGGGCUCCUGAGCAUGGCCCAGAUUAUGAGGACAGGAGGAUGUCAGCCAAAACUGUCAUCUCGGAAGAUUACCUGUUGGACCCUGUGGGUAUGAAGCGCUACAGUGUGGACCCCUCCAAUUCUGCCUUCAGUUGCAUGGGCUCUUCCUCCUCCUCCUCCUUGUAUUCUGGGAGGUUGAGCUCUGGAGAUGGAUGCCUUGGGAGAGGCCUCCCAACUUCCUCCUGCGGUCAUCGAUCUGGCCCCAUGUCCUCAAGUGGCCCCUCAACUGUUGGUCUGAGGCAUCAGGCAUCCAGCCUCAUGAGGAAUGGCACUUAUUUGGAAGGAAACAAAAGUGCUUCAAGUCCUUCUCCAGAUGGACAAGAUGCCGCCCGACCAGCCAGCAAGAAUCCCUCCACCUGGACUGUGGAAGAUGUAGUCUGGUUUGUGAAAGAUGCUGAUCCCCAGGCCUUAGGACCUCAUGUGGAGCUCUUCAGAAAACACGAAAUUGAUGGCAAUGCAUUGUUACUGCUAAAGAGUGACAUGAUCAUGAAGUACCUGGGCUUGAAACUAGGGCCAGCACUGAAACUUUGCUACCACAUCGAUAAACUCAAGCAGUCCAAGUUCUGAGAUUCUCUAGAGCAUAGAAACCAGAUGUUGACACCAGUAAAAGGGUAGACUUUAAGGUAAUAUGCUGCCUUACCAACAUACAACUCCAACCACAAAAUUUUUCCCUUAAAAUAACAAAAACUAAAAACAAAGACUUUAGUUUUGGUUUUUUUUCAACAUUUGUGCAUUUUUACCUUUUUUGUUUAAAAAAAAAUCAAGUAUAGCCUUUUAAAGUGGCCGCUUCAUGUUAACAAGUUGCAAAAAAAAAAAAUUUAAUAAUUUUUUAAUGUUCCUAAUAUCAUUGCUUUUCUUAAAGUAGGCCUUAUUUUUAUAACCCCAAAGUGAGAACACUGCAUAUAUCAGCCCUCUGAGACACCUUGGGGAGUGACAAAGAGACUAUAAGAAGAGAGACAACCCUGGCAGACUCUGGGGGUGAGGGAAUUAAUCCCUGGUUUAUUACAAAGUAUUGCCAUUCCAAACAGUGCCAACAGCAGCACUGCCCAGUGUUACAUACAACACCUUAGGACAUUUCCAGUGUUGGUCAGUUUGGUUCAACUCUCAGAGAUACUUCUGAGAAUGACUUCUUUGUCUUGCACUAUGUGGAAAACUUGAAUUCUUUUACUUCCCAAAAAGAGAGAGAGAGAGAGCACAAAAGAGAAGAGGAAAAGAGAGAAGAAAUGAGAAGAAGAGAAGAGAAGAGAAGAGAAGAGAAGAGAAGAGAAGAGAAGAGAAGAGAAGAGAAGAGAAGAGAAGAGAAGAGAAGAGAAGAGAAGAGAAGAGAAGAGAAGAGAAGAGAAGAGAAGAGAAGAGAAGAGAAGAGAAGAAGAGGAUUUAUUUCUUAGUGGAUGAAAUACCUUGUUGUCCCACUAGAGGGGAGACUUUUAAUGAACUUUUUAGAUUUUUAACUUCACAAUAUUGCUCUUAGACAAUAUUGGUGUGAGGGAAUAGCUGUUUUCUUGAACUGCACCUGACCUGUACAUUUGGCUAUAACCCAACCAACUCAUCUAUAAUCAGAACCAGAGAAUGCAACAAAGCAAAGAAACCAAAAUCCAGAGUGGUGCUGUUUUGUGUUCAGUAAUUAUUGGCUCACUGGCUGACAAUAUUACUGGCUAACUGAUUGACUGCCUAUCUGUCUAACUGAGUGGCUAACCAACAGGAAAAGAGAGUCCUUCUGUUUCAUGCUCCCUAAUUGUUGUUAACUGGUUGACUGACUGUCUGAGUAACUGUUUUUUGUCUGUCUGUCUAAAUGAGUGACUGAGUGACUAGAUGAUUGAUAGUCUGUCUGAAUGCCUUUCUAUCUGAGUUGGAUGACCAACUGACUAGCCAACAAACUAAAAAAAAUUCUAUUUUAGCUCAUUGAUUUUUUUGACUGACUAGCUGAAACCUGGCUGACAAAUAACCAAGUAUCAAGAACAGAAUUUUUGUCGCACUGAAAUAUUUUGUUUUUUAUCAUGCUGAACUUAGUAGAAUAUCCAUUUUGUUGCUAUUUCUACUUGGAUCUCUUUGAUUCUAUUACAAAAAAAUCUCAGAAAAGAGUGAGUCACAUAUCGUCAACUGGAAAAUAUGAAAAUUCUGAACCAAGUUCUGGACCUAGAAAGCACUGACCUAGAAAUAUCCUUGCUGGACUGUAGUUGUAACUGUGGUUAAUUUCAUUAGUUUUUAACACAUACACAGACAUGGUGUUUAGGGUUGGAUUCAAUUUACAAAUAAGUUUUCUCUCCCCACCAUGAAGGCAUACAAAAAAUUGAUUUUCUACUACUUUCACAGCUGUGUCCAACAGAAGAAUGAUAUAGUCUAUAAUUUAAUAGGACAGGAGGAGAUUGAACACUUUUUUCUCUCUCUCUGUCUCUUGGUUUUCUCUCAUUGAGUUAGAAAACUUGAAUCUUUCAGAAAGGUGAUUUGAUCUUUUCUAAAUGGAACAUAUUCUUUCUCAAAGAGUAUUCAGAGUGGUAAAGGAGUCUACAACAUGGCAAACUUCAUGUUUUCCUAGGAGUUUUAGAGCCAGAACAAACCUAAGUAGCAAAUUGGCUACCUAUAAUCGAGGCAAGAUUUCUUUGAAUACCAUUAAAAAUGCUCAACUCCAGAAAAAACGCUGAAGUCCAUAUGCAUGAAGGGAACCUUGGAGAAAUUGGCUUCAUGAGUGAAUGUCUGAAAUAAUUGUAUACCAUGACAUGCUUUUUCACUGAAGACUGACUUGAAAAUGGGGAAAGGAAAAGGAAGGUGAAAAACUUUUAAGAAACUUGCUUCAAUGAGAGUCUUGAGUUUUCCACUUGUAAAAAAAUGAUCUGAAGCUCAGACUUUACAAAUGGACCUCAUUUUGUUUGCCUCAGUGAUUGUUAAGUUUUACUAGAAAUGAAAAAAUCUUUUUAACCAUGAUUGGUACAAAAAAUAAAAGCUUUUUUUGGGAAGGGA